AGGGCGUGUCUGCGCCACCAUCUUUGUUACUUGGAACACAGCGCACAGGGAGAACAUUUGCUCGCUGAGUUUUCUGUAAAAUUCUUGCUGUUGGACCAGUUUGGACUGAGUGUGCAGCUAACCCCUCAAGUCUCGGGAACGACAGUCGAACAGACCGGUGGAUCCUGUUUGGCUCAGUGCACUGGCUCCCGGUGACUGUGCAAUGGUGUGCAGUUAGCACCUCAAGUCUAGGGAGCGACAGUCAAACAGACAGACCGGGUGGAUCCUGUUGGGCUCAGCGCAGUGCCUCCCUGUGACAGUGGAAUGGAAAUCGUUUGACAAUGACUAAAGAUUUAGUAACGUGUUGAGCAUCAAAACACCAAAACGUUCCACAUCAAACAUGGCUGCUACGCACGAUAGCGUGACGUGUGCAGUCUGCAUGGAAGUUUACAGGUCACCAAGAUUUCUGCCCUGUUAUCACACCUUCUGUCUACCUUGUCUUGAGGAGCUGGCAAACAAACAUGGAAAGAUUAUCCCGUGUCCUACCUGUAGAACUCCUGCUACUGUACCGCCAGGUGGUGUGUGUGAUCUACAAGUCAACUUCUACUUCACGGACGAAGCUCUGGAGCAGGCGCGCAGUGAGGGAAGUCAGUCUAUGUGUCCUGUUCACACUAAGAAACGUCUUGUAUUGUAUUGUACAGAAUGUCACCAAGCCAUCUGCACCAGGUGUAAGCUGACCAAACACGAGGGGCAUGUUACUGAAGAUCUGGCAGACGCAGUCGUUCGCUGUAAACAAACUAUUGAAGACAGACUUCAGUCCUUUAUGGACAACAUUUCACGUGGAAAAGACAAGUUGGAAUCCUGUAAACAGAACGAAAAGCGAGCCCUAGAAAAGCGAGCUGCAGUAACGGAACAGAUUCAAGUCCGGUAUGACGUCAUUGUAGCCAUGGCAGCAAAAUAUCGUGAUGAAGCGUUGCAAGAACUUCAGACAACUUGCGAUGACAUAGAGAAAGGUCUGAGCGCCGACACACAGCGAGUACAAGACGAACUCAACUCUCUGCUCCAACUUCAAGCCCGCGCUCAACACGCGCUGAGUUCCACCUGUGACACGGAGGUCCUGCAGGUGGAGAGAGAGAUGAGAUGUAGAGAAAUAAGCGACACUUCACCUGUGCUAUCUAUCCAGACUUACCUCCCUGUACUCCAUGGUGACUUCUAUAACUACAUUGAGGACAACGACAUGAAAACAUUUAUCGGGUCACCAGUCAAACAAAGUUACCAAAGUAAGAACAUCGUAGACAUUGUUCAAGUUGGUCGAUGUGGCGAUGGAGAAUGUCGGGAAGUGCAUGCUCUGAGGCAGAGGGAGGACGGAAGUAUCGAUGUAUAUUAUGGGGAUACAGGAGGAGACUGCUACAAAGAGAAACGCGUGAGUUUUAACUCUGAUGGUUCUAGAGGAACUGAGAAAAAAUACGGAAUGCGGAUAUCAUGCGUUACACGUAAGAAUACCUUCUGGAAAUGGAAAGACUCAUCAUCUUGUCACCUUGGUUCUAAGAAUAACGGUAUGCAUUCUUUAAUGAUGAACGUGUUAACAGGUGUAUUUUAUGUAUGCUCAAUGAAAUGGAAACAAAAAGACGGAAAAGAAACGUGCUGUGCAGGUCCUACUUUAAGUAACGCAAAGGUAAACAUACCUAUUAACUUUGAUUCAAACGAACAAGGAACGCUAUUUGCUGUAGUAGACGAAGAGGAAGUUACGAAUAUUGAUGAUGAAUAUGUAGAAGAAGAGGAAGAUAAGAAUUCAGAUGAUGAAUCUGUAGAGAAAGAGGUAGAUAAGAGCUCAGAUGAUGAAUCCGUAGACAAAGGGGAAGAUAAGAACUCAGAUGAUGAAUCAAUGAAGACAAACAACAAUAAAGCGGACAGCCGGUGUUCCCGUGAUGUACGUCUGUAUUCUAUAAAAUCUGACGACCCCAUAGCGACCUACACGUCACCCAUACAACCCUUCUUCCCAUCAGACGUCUGCUUCUAUAACAAAGAUGUCUUGCUGAUCGCUGAUUGGAUGAACGACUGUGUGCACGUGACAAGAGUAUCAGACAGUGGCAUCGCUUUCCACAGCUACCUGCCGGGCAGUGGUGACAUGGUGCGGCCCACAGCUCUGAACCUUGACUUGAACGGUCAGCUGCUGAUUGGAUGUGGUGAUGGAUGGGUCCUUAGAGUACCUGUCAACUACUAGGAAACACUUCCUGAUAGCGUUUUGUCUAAACUGUGGCAUAUUAUCAGGCAGUUUAUGACAAUGACACCCAUAGAACACAGGGAACAAAACAGUUAAGAGGAAACAUUUUAAUACUAAUACGCAAAAGGUAUAUCAACAAUUAAACUUUGAGGGCUUGAAAUAAUUGUGCAACACAGCCGUUUAGCAAAGAGUGUCUUAACUAUUCAUCAAACAUCGAGAAACAUUGACAAAUUGUGACCCGACUAUGCACAUUUUAUUGUGCAAAAACUUAUUAUUGUUUUUUAGGAUGAUGUGACUAAGCAUUAUAAUGACUAAGCAACGGAUAUAUCCCCUAAAUGUUUGGAGGCUAAAUGUGUGUUAAAAUUAUAUCUAUCUUUAUAUAUAUAUGCACACACACACACACACACAAGAAGAAUAGACAAGAUCACGGAGUAGUUUAUGUAAGAGAUGGAGGAGUUGUUUAUGCCAAAGAAUGUCCAUCAUUCAAGUCAAUAACCUUGAAAGUGGCAAACAGGACCUUGUAACCCUACAAGAGUUUCAAAGAGAUUUUAGUGUAUACUAUACAUUACAAGCUACUAGAAAUAUGAGGACAACGUGUAAUGAGUACAGUUAUAAUUUUUUUACACUAAUUUGUUAUUGUACUGUAUUA